AUGUCCGAGGUCAUCUUCAAGGUCGUCCACGUCGCUGCCGGGCUGGCGACGAUGGCGGGCGCGGUCCUCAACCAGGUCCUGAGACCCGAGUUCGAGUACCACUCGACGGCCAUCGCGGUGGUGACGGGCCUGUUUGGGAUCCUCUUUGUCGCGCUCGAGUGCUUCCCCAGACGGGCGGGCCACUUUUGCGCCCGCUGCUUUUCCACGCUGAACUCGCACACCGGCCGCGGCGUCGUGUGCAUCCUGGUGGCCAUCAUCCAGUUCGACCACCUGCCGCGACCGCCCCUGGAGGAGGGCGUGCCCAUCGGACAUCGGAUCAUGAGCCAGCAAGCGGCACACAUCGGACCGUCGCGGGUCAGCGCCGUCCAGGGCAUCCACGAGCUCCGCGGCUUCCGCACCAAGGAGAGGCUGCUGUGGGCGCUGUGCGGCACCCUCGUCGUGCUCGGCGUCGCGCAGAUCGCCAUCGGCCUCUUUACCCGCCUGCCAGCGUCGGAGAGCAUGAGCACGGAGGGCCACGUAGACUGCGCGCGGUGCCCGCUCGAUUUUGAGAAGGGCAUGGGCAUCGCCGAGCCCGAGAGGUCCGAUGGGGCAGCUCAGCAUGGUCCUCGACCAUCGCAGGCCGCGACAGACGAUGCAUCGAGGCAGACACCCGAGGGCAUGUCGCCGGGGCGGGCGACGCUGGAGCUCGACUGUCUCGCCACCGGCCGGCAGAGCCCGCAGUCAUCGGCGUACAUUGUCCGCGCUCGCGAUCCCAGGGGCGGGGAGAGCAAGCCGCUGAUGCGGCCCCACCCGCCGUUCCAUCCAUCCCGGCGCGGGUCGGAGGCGUUCUCGAUGAUGUCGAAGCGGUCGGUUCACAUCCCGGGCGUCGGAGAGCUCGACGUGUCGUCGGACAGCGAAGGUUCCGACACGGCGGGUCCCAGCGCCGCGCGGCGAAGGCUGUCGUCGGCGGGAGGUACGCCCAGGUACCCGCCGCCGCCGCGGGAAAAGCUCGCUGCCGGUGGUGCAGACGCCUGGCGAGGUUCAGGACAGGAUCCAAGAGGCAUCGACCCCGACGUGCCCCGGCGCAAACAACGAACGGCCAACGAGGCUCGGCCGGCGACGGCGGAUUGA